AUGACGCACUCUACGAAAACAGGAAACACGGACCCAAAAAACAUCGUGCUUACAGCGCAUUUUGGCUCCUGCCAUGACCAUAUAUACCUGCUAAGGACAAUGAUUGGCUAUGGUAUCGGGCCACUCGACUUUAGGCUCGCGGACUCCCUUGCGCUCUUUAAGACAAUCAAAGGACCAGCCGAGCACUCAAAAAUUGCCUUGCUCGUUGCUAAAUACGCUGAAUGGUCGCCCUACAUGCCCGAUGGUGCGGACAGUAAAGCACGGGCUCUCAGGGCCGUGGUCAUGGCUGCGUUU